AGGGCCUACAUGAAUGUGACAGGUCCUUUGCGUUAGGUAUGAUCCCAUCGCCUACCUAGUAGGUAAGCACUUCAAGCUUGAAUUCGACCUAGGCAGUGUACAACUCCGACUCUUGUCGAUUCAUCAGUCCUUGCGCCAUCUAGGCCGGUCUCAACAGUGCAGCUGAUUUUUACUCGAUACGAUUGUCGGGUCAGCUCAAAAUAUUUACCUUCUCGUAGGUAUUCUUCAAAAUUUCAACGAUUUGUUGCUCCUCGCUUGCUACUCGCCUGUCUACAACGCAUCACCCUCGAGGCGGGGUGGCUUCACAAUGUCCUCUCUAUUCAGACGUCUCGUCUUGCCCGUAGCUUGGACUGCUACUAUUUUGGGCUUCUCGAGCGCUAAGACAGUCACAUACGACUUCACCAUAGAAUGGGUCACUUCAAAUCCCGAUGGCGCAUUUGACAGACCAACUAUUGGUAUCAACGGCCAAUGGCCAAUUCCUCCUAUUGUUGCAGAUAUUGGCGACAACGUCGUGGUCACUGCAACGAAUAGUCUCGGAAACCAGUCGACUUCUCUGCAUUUUCAUGGCUUAUUCAUGAACGGCACAACGCAGAUGGACGGUCCAUCUCAGGUCUCGCAAUGCGCCAUUGCUCCGGGCUCAAGUUUCACUUACAACUUUACCAUAAACCAGCCCGGAACAUAUUGGUAUCAUUCCCAUACCAAUGGGCAAUAUCCCGACGGACUCAGAGGACCCUUAAUUAUCCACGAUCCAAACUCUCCUUUUCUUAACACUUCUUAUAAACAAGAAAAUGAAAGGAUUUUGACCGUGUCAGACUGGUAUCAUGACCAAAUGGCGGAUCUUCUCCCUGGGUUUAUUGACAAGAGCAAUCCCACGGGAGCUGAACCGGUCCCAAAUGCUGCUCUGUGGAAUGACACGCAAAAUUUACAAGUUGCUGUCGAGCCCAACACGACUUACCUUUUCCGCGUGGUCAACAUAGGGGCUUUUGCUGGCCAGUAUAUCUGGUUCGAAGGCCACAACAUGACCAUCAUUGAAGUCGACGGCGUUUACCACCAGCCCGCAGUGGCUGAUAUGAUCUACCUCUCUGCUGCUCAGCGUUGUAGUUUCUUGAUUACGACUAAGGCCGAGACCUCAGCCAACUACGCAUUCGUGGCAAGCAUGGAUACGACUUUAUUCGACACCCUACCAGAUGAUCUGAACUACAACGUCACGGGAUGGCUUGUGUAUGAUGGCGCCCAGUCUUUGCCAGAUCCGGCUACUGUUGACGAGUUAAACAAUUUCGACGAUAUUACUCUAGUUCCAUAUGACAACUUAACUCGCUUUGGCGAACCUGAUCAGACUGUCGAGCUUGAUGUGAUCAUGGACAACCUAGGCGACGGCGCGAACUAUGCCUUCUUCAACAAUAUCACGUACAAGUCGCCAAAAGUACCUACUCUCUACACAGCCCUGUCUGCCGGAGACCUGGCUACCGACCCCACCGUGUAUGGUUCCUACACGCAUUCCUUUGUCCUCGAGAAAGGUCAAAUCGUUCAGAUCACCGUGAACAAUCUGGAUACGGGACGUCAUCCGUUCCAUCUCCACGGACAUCACUUCCAGGCAUUAUAUCGUUCCGAUGAAGACGCCGGAACCUAUGAGGACUCCGGGAUUACAGAAGCUGAUUACCCUGAUGUUCCUAUGCGCCGCGACACAUUUGUGUUAUUCCCUACCGGUUUCAUUGUAUUGCGUUUCCGGGCCGAUAACCCUGGUGUCUGGCUUUUCCACUGCCAUAUCGAAUGGCACGUCUCAUCCGGCCUUAUCGCAACCUUCGUCGAAGCACCCCUCGACCUGCAGAAAAACCUCACAAUCCCGCAAAACCACCUGGAUGCCUGCGCCGCCCAAAGCAUCCCCACUACCGGCAACGCGGCCGGAAACACGGUUAACUAUCUUGACCUAACCGGACAGCCGAAAUCUCCGGACCCGUUACCCGAAGGAUUUACGACUCGCGGCAAGGUCGCUCUAGCAUUUAGCGCUCUCUGCGGAAUUCUAGGCGUGAUAACCGUUGCCUGGUACGGUCUGGCGCCGGACGCCGCGGCGCCCCGGUGGGCUGAGCAGCAGGGCGCGGAGACGCAGACUGUGGACUCGGGAGUUCGGUCGUCGGAGGGGACGGCGGCUGAGCCCGAAAUCAUCACCGUUACUGCUGUGUCAGGGGGUGGGCAUGCGAAGGCGUAACGGAAAGGAUGCGGUGCAGGGUUGGAUAGAAGGGAUGAUACCAUGGUCGAUUCUCCGGCGCGUUAUAAUGGGGUUGGGUAUGAUGAUAUGGGCGAUGCUUAUACCAUAUCACGGAAGCGUGACCUUACUUAAUAGAGCGCAACGAAUAGCGAAAUAUACUAUGAUAAAUGAGAUUAAUUUAUGACGCUAUUUUGAAUAGAACAUCCCCUUACA